AUGGAGGAGGAGGCGAAGCGGGAGAAGGAGGAUGAGGAGUGGGAACGGAGAGAAAGGGAGAGGAGGGAGAGGGAUGAGAGGGAACGGGAGAAGAAUCGGAGGCGGAGGGAGAAGAAGAAGAAAGGCAAUAAGAAUAAGGGACAGGGUAAGGGUGGAGAUGGGGAUGGGGAUGGUGGACAGGCUACAAAGGAUGGGGUUGAGAAGGCCACAGGUCAGAGGAGUGGAGUCGCUGGGUUGCAGGCGUCUAGGCGGCUAGGACAUGAGCAUGAUGAUCGGUCGGCAGACGAGAACGGCGUUGCAGAAAACGGCAGCCGAAGCGGAGGACAGGCUGGUGAUGGAUCUUCGGAAGCAAUCGGGGUUGUCAUACAUGAUGAUGAUUGA